CUGAGUCACGGCGCCCCGAGUCCCCACGCCGAGAGGAUGCGGCGGUGAGCGCUGCCGGACGCCGGGCGCAGCGUGGGCUCCGGGACGCCAGCGCCGCCGCUCGGGACGCCAGGCCGCAGGCGCGCCCUCCCGGCCGGGCCUCGCAGGCCGGCUGCCGGGCCCGCCUCCGCGGCUCCCCGACUUCCUCGGCCGGCGGCGCAGCGGAGCUGCGGAGGAGUCCGAGCCGGAGCCGCGCGCGCGCCCCGCCCGCGCCGCCCUUCCUCCCUCCCUCCCUCCAUGGCGUUUAUCCGGAAGAAGCGGCGCGAGCAGCAGCUGCAGCUCUACUCCAAGGAGAGAUUUUCCUUGCUGCUGCUUAACUUGGAGGAGUACUACUUUGAACAGCAUACAGCUAAUCAUAUUCGGCACAAGGGCAGUCAGAAUGAAAGGAAAAUCAGAGGCUCCUUAAAAAUAUGUUCAAAAUCAGUUAUUUUUGAACCGGAUGCAAUAUCCCAGCCCAUCAUUAAGAUUCCUUUGAGAGAUUGUAUAAAAAUAGGAAAACAUGGGGAAAAUGGAGCCAAUAGACACUUUGCAAAGGUGGUAUCCGGGGGGAUCUCACUCAUUUUCAGUCAGGUGUAUUUCAUUAAAGAACACAACAUUGUUGCACCAUAUAAAAUAGAAAGGGGCACAAUGGAAUAUGUCUUCGAGUUGGAUGUUUCAGGGAAGGUGGAAGGUGUCGUGGAGACAUUGCUUCAGCUUCACAGAGCAUCCUGUCUGGACAAACUUGGGGACCAAACUGCUAUGAUAACAGCCAUUUUGCAGUCCCGUUUGGCUAGGACGUCAUUUGACAAAAACAGAUUCCAAAGUGUUUCUGAAAAGCUGCACAUGGAAUGCAAAGCAGAAAUGGUGACACCUCUGGUGACGAAUCCUGGCCACGUGUGCAUCACUGACACCAACCUGUAUUUCCAGCCUCUCAAUGGGUACCCGAAACCCAUGGUCCAGAUAACACUCCACGACGUCCGCCGCAUUUACAAGAGGAGACAUGGUCUCAUGCCUCUGGGCUUGGAAGUGUUUUGCACAGAAGAUGAUCUGUGUUCCGACGUCUACCUGAAGUUCUAUGAACGUCAAGACCGAGAUGACCUCUACUUUUACAUUGCUACAUACCUAGAGCACCACGUGGCGGAGCGCACGGCCGAGGGCUACACACUGCAGUGGCAGCGCGGGCUUCUGUCCAACUACCAGUACCUGCUGCACCUCAACACGCUGGCCGACCGCAGCUGCAACGACCUCUCCCAGUACCCCGUGUUCCCCUGGGUCGUCGGCGACUACAGCAGCUCCGAGCUGGAUCUGUCAAAUCCAGGAACCUUCCGGGAUCUCAGUAAGCCAGUAGGGGCCCUCAACAAGGAACGUCUGGAGAGGCUGCUGACACGCUACCAGGAGAUGCCGGAGCCCAAGUUCAUGUACGGCAGCCACUACUCCUCCCCGGGCUACGUGCUGUUUUAUCUGGUCAGGAUUGCACCAGAGUAUAUGCUGUGUCUGCAGAACGGAAGAUUCGACAACGCAGACAGAAUGUUCAACAGUAUUGCAGAAACUUGGAAAAACUGUUUGGAUGGUGCAACUGAUUUUAAAGAGCUGAUUCCGGAAUUCUAUGGUGAUGAUGUCAGCUUUUUAGUCAAUAGUCUGAAGCUGGAUUUGGGAAAGAGACAAGGAGGGCAGAUGGUUGAUGACGUAGAACUCCCCCCUUGGGCACGGAGUCCCGAGGACUUUCUCCAGAAGAGCAGAGACGCACUGGAAAGCGAUUACGUGUCAGAGCACCUUCACGAGUGGAUCGAUCUCGUGUUUGGCUACAAGCAGAAGGGGAGGGAUGCUGUUGGAGCCCACAAUGUGUUUCAUCCCCUGACCUACGAAGGAGGUGUCGACUUGAACAGCAUUGAGGACCCUGAUGAGAAGGUAGCCAUGCUCACCCAGAUCUUGGAGUUUGGGCAGACACCAAAGCAGCUCUUUGUGACACCGCAUCCUCGAAGGAUCACCCCAAAGUUUAAAAGCUUGUCCCAGCCCUCCAGUUAUAAUGCUUCCACGGCAGAUACUCCAGUCUCUCCAGGUGAGGAGUCUUUUGAAGACCUGACCGAAGAAAGCAGAACGCUGGCCUGGAGUAACAUCACGCGACUGCAGCUCCACGAGCAGCACAAAAUCCACAAAGAGGCAGUCACUGGAAUAGCAGUCUCUCGCAGUGGGUCGUCUGUCUUUACAACCUCACAAGAUUCCACCUUGAAGAUGUUUUCCAAAGAAUCCAAGAUGCUACAAAGAAGUAUAUCAUUUUCAAAUAUGGCUUUAUCAUCGUGUUUACUUUUACCAGGAGAUGCCACUGUCGUAAGCUCUUCGUGGGAUAACAAUGUCUAUUUUUACUCCAUUGCAUUUGGAAGACGCCAAGACACAUUAAUGGGACACGAUGAUGCUGUUAGUAAGAUCUGUUGGCAUGACAACAGGCUGUAUUCUGCAUCAUGGGACUCUACUGUGAAGGUGUGGUCCGGGGUUCCUGCAGAGAUGCCAGGCUCCAGGAGACACCAAUUUGACCUGCUGGCCGAGCUGGAGCACGAUGUCAGCGUCGAUACAAUCAGUUUAAGCGCUGCAAGCACACUGUUGGUUUCAGGCACCAAAGAAGGCACAGUGACUAUCUGGGACCUCACUGCAGCCACCAUAUUGCACCAGAUUCCAUGUCACUCAGGGACUGUAUGUGAUACUGCUUUCAGCCCAGACAGUCGCCACGUCCUCAGCGCAGGAGCAGACGGCUGUCUAAACGUCGUCGAUGUGCAGACAGGAAUGCUCAUCUCUUCUAUGACUUCGGAAGAGCCCCAGAGGUGCUUUCUCUGGGACGGAAAUUCUGUUUUAUCCGGGAGUCAGUCCGCAGACGAGCCCUUCUCAAGCAGAAAACUCCCCGUGUGUCCUGUGCCGUGGACGUUCCCCUCCAGAUCCUGGCUGGUCAGGCCAUCUGCAUCUCCUGGGUUGAGAGACAUUCGACUCCAGAAUGGAAGUUUUUAACUUCCACAUGGAGAAUUAAAAGCCAAGUAAAAGCUGUCUGUGCAUUUAAUACAGGCACACGGUAGAAAGAAACAAUACAAAAGUAAUGGAAAUGGUACCAAAGUAAUGAAUCACAGUGGAAAUGAAGUCUUCCUCCCACGGACCACCCCCUCCCGGGCCUCAUCCUGGGAAGACUCUGCAGCUGGGUUUCUGGAGAUGUCUCACAUUACUGAAGGAUGCGCUGCUGUGUGCGUCAUCAUUCUGCCCGUUGGGUUUUCACUCUGCUUACAUGUGCACGUCUUCCUCUCCUCUCAAGCACUUGGAGGAUUUUAUGGUUAAUUCUUAUACUGGCUAUGGUUAUAAGUAUCUACUGACUGCCCACCUUCACUCUCUUCCCUCUGUCACUGUUGUGUGUGGUUAUUUCUUCGUAACAUUAUACGUUGAAGUGACUUGUCUAUGCCUUUCUUCCCCAGCUCACAAGCUUUAAAUAACACUUUGACUCCUGAUAGAAAUGGAAGUAAACCAGCAAACACACCAAUUCCCUACUUCUCUCAUCUGCUGCCUGACUUUUGUCACAGGUGUAUAUAAUAUUUGUAUUCUGUUCUGCAAUUCCCAGCUGCUUUAGCUUUACAUUCAAAUAGUUUCUUAUUCCUCCCAAGUUCCUUGUACUGAGUAGUUAUUCUGAGUUCAUGCAGAUUGUAUUAUAGGACAAGACCACGUGGUACCUCCUGGUCAGCUCACCCCCUAACCACACGUCUCUUCUUGCAGGUGCCGUAACGUGUAUGUGGAUGAACGACCAGUGUAGCAGUGUCAUCACGGGAGGGGAAGACAGACAAAUCAUGUUCUGGAAAUUGCAGUAUUAAGUGCCUUUUCCUCGAAUAUUAUUGAAACCAAACUUUUAAACAAACUGGUGAAUGUGCAAUUAUAGUAGUUAGAAGUCUUACCACAUGAGAAAUUUGUGGUUUUAAACUUUAUGAAUCAUGGUGACUUCACUGAAAGCCAUUAGUUGUCAUGCUCUAAGGCAGAGGGAGAUGUGGCAGUACUGGGGAGAAAAACGUUAACAUUUGUUAGGCAGGUGGUCAGCCCAGGAUGACGAUGGUCAGAAGACAAGUUCGGGUGGCAAAGAGCGUAGCUAAGAGAGACUAAACCAGCUGGGGAGACUUCCCAGAAGCACUGAACAAUUUAAGGAAGGACUUUCCAAGAAAACGUGGGUAUUCUCUGCUGCCGAGUCACUGUUACGUCCUCCUCCUCGACACAGCUGCUGCCCACUGGGCUUCGGGAUGUGUGUCCACGGAGUGCUUACUUUCUAUAACCCACUGGCCCCGAUUCUAAGAACCUGGGGAAGGACUGAGCAGUCUUGGGAAUGGUUUAUUUCAUUAUAGCUAUUAAUUAUGCCCAUCUUUUCUAUGACAUUAAAAAUAUUUUUCUGUAAUGAAA